AUGGAGAUGAUUAACAAUAUCACUCCAAUCCAUUUGAGCUUAGCGCUAGCUGUCCUCUCAGUUUUCCUCUACUGCUGGUUCGGCACCCGAACCGGGAAGAGCGUCAAGGGGAAGCUCCCUCCGGGCUCGAUGGGUCUCCCCAUCAUCGGGGAGACCCUCCAGUUCUUCGUCCCUUACACCUCCAACGACGUCUCGCCUUUCAUCGACGAGAGAAUCAAAAUGUACGGUCCUGUGUUCCGUUCGAAACUGAUCAACCGACCGAUCAUCGUGUCGACCGACGCGGAGGUGAACCAGUUCGUGCUGAGGCAAGAAGGGGUGUCGUUCAAGCCGUCGUACACCAAGAGCUUCAACGACAUCGUCGGCGACGACAGCUUCUUCCUGCUCGAGGGAUCGGCGCACAGGCAGGUCAAGAACAUGGUUGUCGAGAAGUUCGGACACAACGGCAUGAGAUCGCUCAUGUACGACUUCGAAACACAUGUCGGCCGACACCUCGUCUCCUGGUCGGCCCAACCUAGCGUUGAACUGAAACAAGCGGCUUUCACGAUGUUCUUUAGCUUUGCGUUUGAGAAGAUGUUCAGCUUGAGCGACGCGAAGCUAGUGGAGGAAUUCCAAGGAUGUUAUGAUGAUUUCGUCUUUGGAUUGUUCUCCGCCCCUUUCUACAUUCCCGGCACCUGUUACUGGAAGUGUUUGAGAGGACGGAAGCGGGCAGUGAACACCAUCAAGAGAAUAAUGGAAGAAAGAAGAUCACAAGUGUCGUCUGAUUCCCACAAGGAAGGAAGAACAAGCGAUUACCUCGACUUUGUGCUGGAAGAAAUGAGGAAGGAUGGAACAACAGUAACCGAGAAAGUGGCCGUAGAUUUACUGUUCGGUCUUCCUUUUGCGGCUUCCGAAAACGCUUCCUCCACCGUCGUCUGUGCAGUUCAAUACUUGACCAACAAUCCCACGGCACUCCAAGAACUUACUAGAGAGCAUGAAGCUAUUCGGAAGGGCAGGGAAGAGAGUGAUGAAUCAUGUGGAAUCAGCUGGAAAGAAUACAAGUCCAUGACUUUUACCCAAAUGGUAAUCAACGAAACCAUAAGACUGACAAAUGUAGUGCCUGUGCUUUUUAGGAAGGCACUAAAAGAUGUUGAAGUGAAGGGAUACUGGAUUCCAGCGGGAUGGACUGUGGUGGUCGUUCCAACUGCAGUGCAUAUGAACCCUAAAGUAUACGAUGAUCCUUUGAGCUUUAAUCCAUGGAGAUGGCAGGGCCAACAGCUGAAUUCUGUGUCACAGAAUUUCAUAGCUUUUGGAGGGGGAAGUAGGCUUUGUCCUGGAGCAGAUUUUUUCAGGCUACAAAUGGCCAUUAUUUUGCACCAUCUCGUCACCAACUAUAGGUGGGAUGUGAUCAAAGGAAAGGAACCGGUUCGAUACCCCGCACUAGCAUUUCCAGAUGGCUUCCAUGUCAAUAUCUUGGAAAAGAACGAGCAACUCGGAAGUAACAAAUAA